AUUCUCUGUGUCGCCUGCACCUGAUGAACGACACACAUCUUCAUCUUCAUCAGUGAAACCAGAAGGUCUGUUGCGGGUAAUGGAGUCUGACGCGUCCGGAGGAGCGCCGGAGGAUCCGGUUGUGCUGCCCGUGAAGCGUCAGGCGGUAAAGAGACACCAUCACAAACACAACAUCAAACACAGAUAUGACUUUCUGGAGACCCUCGGGACAGGCACGUACGGACGGGUGAAGAAAGCAACGGAUCGAACCGGCAGAACGGUGGCGAUCAAAUCCAUCCGCAAGGAGAAGAUCAAAGAUGAGCAGGAUUUGAUUCACAUUCGUCGUGAAAUCGAGAUCAUGUCGUCACUCAGUCACCCGCACAUCAUCACCAUAAAUGAAGUGUUUGAGAAUAAGGACAAGAUCGUGAUCGUGAUGGAAUACGCGAGCAAAGGAGAUCUGUACGACUACAUCAGCGACAGACAGACGAUCACCGAGACGGAAGCGAGACAUGUCUUCAGACAGAUCGUCUCUGCGGUGCACUACUGCCACAGGAAUGGGAUUGUCCAUCGUGACCUGAAGUUGGAGAACAUUUUGCUGGACGGCAACGGCAAUAUCAAAAUUGCUGACUUCGGGCUGUCCAACCUUUACCAGAGGGAUAAAUUCCUGCAGACGUAUUGCGGCAGUCCUCUAUACGCUUCCCCCGAGAUCGUGAACGGGAGGCCGUAUAGAGGACCAGAGGUAGACAGCUGGUCUUUAGGCGUUCUGCUCUACACGCUUGUACACGGAGCCAUGCCUUUUGACGGACAAGACCACAAGUACUUGGUCCAACAGAUCAGCACUGGAGACUACCGCAAACCCACCAAACCAUCUGAUGCAUGUGGUUUGAUCCGCUGGAUGUUGAUGGUGAACCCUGAGCGUAGAGCUACACUAGAAGAGAUCGCUGGCCACUGGUGGCUCAACUGGGGUUAUCAAAACCCCCUACUGGCACCGAAUGAGCGCGCAGCAGCUGUCCAUCAGGCAACCGGACAUGCGACCGCAGCAUGUCAAACUGGUGGUCCAACCCGCAUUGCGGACUGGCUGCGCCGCACCUCUCGUCCUCUGCUAGAGAGCGGAUCAAAGAUGCGCUGCCUGUUGCGGUCAGGUGGUGGCGCUGGAGGCGAGACAGUGACGCGUCAGCGCUCCAUACGCAGGUCGCGCAAAGAAAACAACGUUUCGCAGACCAUGCAGGAAGGCUCCGCCCCUCGCCCCUCAAAGGGAAUUCUAAAGAAGCGGGGAAGCCUGAAACAGAAAUUGUCGAGUGACGCCCAGGCUACGCCUUUGGAGGAGAAAAGUCCCAACACCUUCGCAUUUACCUCGACGUCCGCAGCGCCACCUGCCUUGCCUCCGCCUCCUAAAGGGAUCCUGAAGAAGCCCCCCGAAAGAGAGUCGGGCUAUUAUUCAUCAUCCCCAGAGAAUGGUAUCUCUAGCCAGUCACUUCUGUGCCUGUCGCCCGCACAACACCGUAAGGGAAUCCUCAAACGGCACGGCAAGUUUUCUGGUGGCCUGCAAGAAUUCGGGUCGCUGGAUCAACUUGGACAUACCGUACCCACCGUGAGCAGUAGAUCCCGACCGACUGGAGCUAUCAGCGAGGACAGCAUCCUCUCCUCAGAGUCCUUCGACAGACUGGACCUACCCGAUCACCAGAUUCCAGUUGAUGCAAUGGAUUGUCCAAGUGGGGGCAACAGAAUGCGAGGAUGCGUUUCUGAGGACAAUCUUCUCAACUUGAGGGACGUCAGACUCUCUCAACAUCAGGGACAUUGGGACAUGGACAUCGACCGCUACCGCGCAGGAGUGUACGACAGCGCAUUCUCAAUCGCCAACUGUGAGAACGUUACUCAGAAUUACAAACAAGCUUUUAGCUUAGCCGCAAGCUGAGGCGCUGGGAGCAAAAUCUCUUCCAAGAGUCAAUGCAUCCUUUUAAGUUCUCAGGUUGGCCACAAGGAAUUGUGAGCUGUUGAUGCAUUUCUACUUGAAAAUGUUCUGGAGAUUUAAGGAUGGUCAGGAAACGGACCAUAACAGAGAACAAUAAUGUUGCAUUUAAACUCUGUUUGCAGCAUGUAAUACAAUGGCUUUUAUAAUGUAGACAUCCCAUUUUAUGUUCUCGACUGCCCUGCUCCCAUUGAAGAACAACUGAUUUGUUCCCAUUUUAACUGUUUGUGAUUUUAAAACAAUUGUUCAGGGUGUUGGUUUGUUAAAAAGUACCAAAGAUGAUUCCCUACAAUUCAGAACCCACGUGAAUGUAGUUCAUCUGUUUGUAUUAAGACCCCCGAAUAGUGUCCGUUGAUUGCACAAAUGUACGCAAUGAAGAAAAAAACAGGUCACGGUAGCAUAAGUACGUACGAUACUGGAGACAGAACAUGCAGAACAACACAAGUUCUUAAGGUACAAAGAUGGGAUAAGGGCAUAAGAGAUAAGAGUGGUUAAAUAGAGCAAGAGCCUUGCCGCCAAUUCGACUUUUACAACUCCUCUGGAAUUCACAAGUCAGAUGGAUAUAAUCAGAUAUUGUCUGUUUAUGGGUUUAUGAAGUCUGAACUUUCGUUUAGUCUCAGUUUCAUGAUGAGUGUUUAAAUUAUGCAGAUAAGAGCUUUUAAACUGUACUUGCACGUAGCUGUUUGCUUUGCCCUGACCUCUCUGAACGGGAUCAAACAAGAAGAUGGUUUCAAAAACUCUGUCCUCAAACAGUUUUGAGACAUUUAGUAUUUAGAUGCAUGAAAAAUACAGGGUUCUUUUCUUUCAAUCUGGAAAUGAAUAUGUUUACACUUCUAUUUAUUAAAGGGAUGGUUCACCCCAAAAUAGAAAUGAUAACAGAGCAUUUGACAGACUCUUUUUACGGCAAGUUCACCCAGAAAAAGUGUCAUAUCAAGGUGUUUGGUGUUUGGUCUUACAGUAUUUGUAAUUGUAUUGUCCAUCGUGGCGGCAUUGCUGUGGGUUUGUGGGUGUUUUGCUUUCGUUUGGUAUCAUUUUUGUUUGAAUUUCAGCAUGUUUGUUUGCCAAAGUGCCUGAUCAUGUCUCUUUCAAUCAGUGGACCAAUAAAACAACAGAACUUGAAA